AGAACCGCCCUGAAAGAGAAGGAGAACUUGUUCGUCCGUCCUCCGCCUGCCUUCCCGCCGCCCGCGCAUCCUCUCCCGCGGCGCAUCCGCCCGCCCUCCGGGUCUUGCUCCCUCCCGGGCUCAGGGCCGGUCCGCUGGUUCCGGCUGGAACGCUUCGUCGCUCGUUUCCCUCGGAGGGUUUUUUUCGGUAGCGGUAUACUGAGGAGAGGCUCCGUCCCUCAGGAACACUGCUUCACCCUGCGGGGGAAGGGAGCUGGGUGGGGGCAAGCCAGGAAGGGAGGAUCUCAGUGGCUCUCCUAAAAUCUAUUAGCAGGCUGCGAGGAGGGAAGAGUUUGGCACUUCGCAGCCGAGGCUGGGCUUGUUUUCCCUAGCGGUGAUGCCGCUGGACUGAGAGCGGCGCGGCCGUGCAAGUUUGGGGGACGGAGCCCCCCUCCUUCCACCGCCCCCCAGACUCGGUCCAGCGCCUUCAGCCCCGGCGGCUCGUCCCUGCCGCCCCACUGCAUGAGCGCUGCUCCGAGGACAGGGCGGCUCAGCGCCUGCUAGGGCUGCUCUCCGCCGCCCCCCAGACUUCCCCACCACCGACGAGGAGCGGCGCGCACCCCGCACCCGGAGAGUUGACUCGGCAGGCUCCGUGCUAUGGCGAGGCUGCGGAGGAGCAAACUAGCCGCUGGAUUUCUAUUACUUUUCCAGUGCCUGAGCGAGCGCUGCCAGCUCUCCGGCGGGGAGACGCCGAGGCAGAGCCGCGGUGUGUUUUAUGAAAUUGUUCAGAGCUUCCCUCGAAUGGAGGAAAAUGUGCGAGUGGAUUCAUAUGUAAGCAGCAACAGGUGGAGAAGGCACUCAGAGUCUCUCAAAUCAAUUGACACCAACAGAGCCAGCAUGGGGCAGGAUUCCUCUGAGCCAGGGGGUUUCACGGACCUGCUGCUUGAAGAAGGACAUGACAACACCACCCAGAUUGAGGAAGAUACAGAUCAUAAUUAUUAUACUUCAAGGACGUAUGGCCCAUAUGAUUCCACCAGCCGGGAUUUGUGGGUCAAUAUAGACCAGAUGGAGAAGGACAAAGUAAAGAUUCAUGGGAUCCUUUCCAACACGCAUCGGCAAGCUGCAAGAGUGAAUCUGUCCUUUGAUUUUCCAUUUUAUGGCCAUUUUCUACGUGAAAUUACUGUGGCAACUGGGGGUUUCAUAUAUACUGGAGAAGUUGUACAUCGAAUGUUAACAGCUACCCAAUAUAUUGCACCCUUAAUGGCAAAUUUUGACCCCAGUGUAUCAAGAAAUUCAACAGUCAGAUACUUUGAUAAUGGCACAGCACUAGUUGUCCAGUGGGACCAUGUACAUCUGCAGGAUAAUUACAACCUGGGCAGUUUCACUUUUCAGGCCACCCUUCUCAAUGAUGGGCGUAUCAUUUUCGGCUACAAAGAAAUUCCUGUCGCUGUAACACAGAUAAGUUCAACCAACCACCCAGUGAAAGUGGGACUUUCAGAUGCGUUUGUGGUUGUGCACAGGAUCCAGCAAAUUCCCAAUGUCCGUAGAAGAACAAUUUAUGAAUACCACAGGGUGGAGCUACAGAUGUCAAAGAUUACCAAUCUCUCAGCUGUUGAAAUGAUACCUCUUCCAACUUGUCUCCAGUUUACCAGCUGUGGUCCCUGUGUCACUGCCCAGAUUGGUUUCAAUUGCAGCUGGUGCAGUAAACUCCAAAGAUGCUCCAGUGGAUUUGACCGUCACCGGCAAGAUUGGGUAGACAGUGGCUGCCCUGAAGAGGCAAAAGAUAAGAUUUGUGAGAAGAACAUAGACACAACUGAAACACUUCCAUACUCCACCACCACCCUUCUGCCAACCACCACAAGGUUCAGAGUUUUAACAACCACCAGAGGAUCCACCACUUCCCACCUGCCAACUAGCCUGCCCACAGAAGGUGAUGACACCAAGAUAGCACUGCACCUAAAAGAUAAUGGAGCUUCAACGGAUGACAGUGCGGCAGAGAAGAAAGGUGGAACACUUCACACUGGCUUAAUUGUUGGCAUUCUAGUCCUGGUCCUUAUUGUGGCUGCAGCCAUCCUCGUGACCGUCUAUAUGUAUCAUCAUCCGACAUCAGCAGCUAGCCUCUUCUUCAUAGAGCGACGUCCAAGCAGAUGGCCAGCAAUGAAAUUCAGAAGAGGAUCUGGACAUCCUGCCUAUGCUGAAGUGGAACCAGUCGGAGAAAAAGAAGGGUUCAUUGUAUCAGAGCAGUGCUAAAAUUUCUGGGACAGAACACCAGUACUGGCCUACAGGUGUAAGACAUUUACUUUGCCUCUCUUUAAAGAAAAGGAGCCCUAAGCUGCUGUAGCCUGAUAGAAAGAAGAUUUUGGAUAAGCUUUGUCCAAGAAGAAAAACUAUCUAAGAUACCAGAUUACUACUGCACAGUAGUUUUUGUUAGUGGACUGAGACACAAUGGUUCAUGCAGAACACUUGUCAGUGGACACCUACAGUAUCAGAACUAUGGCACAAGUGCCAUGUUAUUGGCUUUAGGUGCGGGGAUGCACAGUAAUCAGAAAUAUAAUAAAGCUUUGGUGCACAA